UCUUUCCUCAACGUUGUGUCGUGGAAGUUGUGAGGUCAGAGGAAAUGGCCCGGCUGAAUCGAGGGUGGGGGCGGGGAGAGCUGGGAGCUGUCAGUGGAGAGAGUCAGACUCACGCUCCUGGCCAGAUUCCGAGCUGGAAAUUUCGGCGGAUUCUAGCCAGCAGGCAAAGGGCAACCCCGGCGCUCGAGGAGCGGCUUCUUUUGUAGAAGCACCUGAAAUGCAGGGUCUGGUACACUAAGCAGUAGCGCCCGCAGCAGCAGCCAUAGCGACAAGCUGGGGCCCUGUGUAGAAGCUCCAUCCCCUUGUGUUUGUGUCCGCCUGCGUCCCCACACUCAGAGAUUAUCUUAGAAGAUCGAGGACUCUGAAAUGUUUCCCCUGAAGGAUGCUGAAAUGGGUGCCUUUACCUUCUUUGCCUCGGCUCUGCCACAUGAUGUUUGUGGAAGCAAUGGGCUUCCUCUUACACCAAAUUCCAUCAAAAUUUUAGGGCGAUUUCAAAUCCUUAAGACCAUCACUCAUCCAAGACUUUGCCAGUAUGUGGAUAUUUCUAGGGGAAAGCAUGAAAGACUGGUGGUGGUAGCUGAACACUGUGAACGGAGUCUAGAAGACUUGCUUCGAGAGAGGAAACCCAUGAGCUAUUCAAAGGUUUUGUGCAUUGCAUUUGAGGUACUCCAAGGUUUGCAGUAUAUGAACAAACACGGUAUAGUACACCGAGCACUGUCUCCUCAUAAUAUUCUUUUGGACCGAAAGGGACAUGUUAAAUUGGCUAAAUUUGGACUUUAUCACAUGACAGCUCAUGGUGAUGAUGUUGAUUUCCCAAUUGGGUAUCCAUCAUACUUGGCACCCGAGGUAAUUGCACAAGGAAUUUUGAAAACCACCGAUCAUGUGCCAAGUGAAAAACCGUUGCCUUCUGGCCCCAAAUCAGAUGUGUGGUCUCUUGGAAUCAUUUUAUUUGAGCUUUGUGUGGGAAGAAAAUUAUUUCAGAGCUUGGAUAUUUCUGAAAGACUAAAAUUUUUACUUACAUUAGAUUGCAUAGAUGACACUAUAAUAGUUCUGGCCGAAGAGCAUGGUUGUCUGGACAUUAUAAAGGACCUUCCUGAAAAUGUGAUAAAUCUUUUGAAGAAGUGUCUCACCUUCCACCCUUCCAAGAGGCCAACUGCAGCUGAAUUAAUGCAGGACAAGGUAUUUAGUGAAGUGUCACCUUUAUAUACGACCUUUACCAAACCUGCUAGUCUGUUUUCAUCUUCUUUGAGAUGUGCUGAUUUGACUCUGCCUGAGGAUAUCAGUCAGCUGUGUAAAGAUAUAAACAGUGAUUAUCUGGCAGAAAGAUCUAUUGAAGAAGUAUAUUACCUUUGGUGUUUAGCUGGAGGUGACUUGGAGAAAGAGCUUGUCAACAAGGAAAUCAUUCGCUCUAAACCACCUAUCUGCACACUCCCCAAUUUUCUCUUUGAAGAUGGUGAAAGCUUUGGACAAGGUCGAGAUAGAAGCUCACUAUUAGAUGACACCACUGUGACAUUGUCAUUAUGCCAGCUAAGAAAUAGGUUAAAAGAUGUUGGUGGAGAAGCAUUUUACCCACUACUUGAAGAUGACCAGUCUAAUUUACCUCAUUCAAACAGCAAUAAUGAGUUGUCUGCAGCUGCCACUCUCCCUUUAAUCAUCCGAGAGAGGGACACAGAGUACCAACUAAACAGAAUCAUUCUCUUUGACAGGCUACUAAAGGCUUAUCCAUAUAAAAAAAAUCAAAUCUGGAAAGAAGCAAGAGUUGACAUUCCUCCUCUUAUGAGAGGUUUAACCUGGGCUGCCCUUCUGGGAGUUGAGGGAGCUAUUCAUGCCAAGUAUGAUGCAAUUGAUAAAGAUACUCCUAUUCCUACAGAUAGACAGAUUGAAGUGGAUAUUCCUCGGUGUCAUCAGUAUGAUGAACUGUUAUCAUCACCAGAAGGUCAUGCAAAAUUUAGGCGUGUAUUAAAAGCCUGGGUCGUGUCUCAUCCUGAUCUUGUGUAUUGGCAAGGUCUUGAUUCACUUUGUGCUCCAUUCCUAUAUUUAAAUUUCAAUAAUGAAGCCUUGGCUUAUGCAUGUAUGUCUGCUUUUAUCCCCAAAUACCUGUAUAACUUCUUCUUGAAAGACAACUCACAUGUAAUACAAGAGUAUCUGACCGUGUUCUCACAGAUGAUUGCAUUCCAUGAUCCAGAGCUGAGCAAUCAUCUCAAUGAGAUUGGAUUUAUCCCAGAUCUCUAUGCCAUCCCUUGGUUUCUCACCAUGUUUACUCAUGUAUUUCCACUGCACAAAAUUUUCCACCUCUGGGAUACCUUACUCCUUGGGAAUUCUUCUUUCCCAUUCUGUAUUGGAGUAGCAAUUCUCCAGCAGCUACGGGACCGGCUUUUGGCUAAUGGCUUUAAUGAGUGCAUUCUUCUCUUCUCUGAUUUACCAGAAAUUGACAUUGAACGCUGUGUGCGAGAAUCAAUCAACCUGUUUUGUUGGACUCCUAAAAGUGCUACUUACAGACAGCAUGCUCAACCUCCAAAGCCAACUCCUGAUAGCAGUGGAGUCAGAAGUUCAACACCUUUUUUCUCCACUGAGUGUCCAGAUCCUCCAAAAACAGAUUUGUCAAGAGAAUCUAUCCCAUUAAAUGACUUAAAGUCAGAAGUAUCACCCCGGAUUUCAGCAGAGGACCUGAUCGACUUGUGUGAACUCACAGUGACAGGCCAUUUCAAAACACCCACCAAGAAGACAAAGUCCAGUAAACCAAAGCUCCUGGUAGUUGACAUCCGGAAUAGUGAAGAUUUUAUUCGGGGUCAUAUUUCAGGAAGCAUCAACAUUCCAUUUAGUGCUGCCUUCACUACCGAAGGAGAGCUUACCCAGGGCCCUUUCACUGCUGUGCUCCAGAGCUUCAAAGGGAAGGUCAUUGUCAUCGUGGGGCAUGUGGCAAAGCACACAGCAGAGUUUGCAGCUCAUCUUGUGAAGAUGAAAUAUCCAAGAAUCUGCAUUCUAGACGGUGGCAUUAAUAAGAUCAAGCCAACAGGUCUCCUCACCGUCCCAUCUCCUCAAAUAUGAAGAACCAAGACUGUGACUGUGACUGUGAAAAGGAUAGAGUGAUAUCAGCCCCCAACAGCCCACCUCUUCACAGCCUCACCACUCUGAGACAGAACUAGACUUCCAGAUUGUUGCAUUUUCAUAAAGUUUUGUCAUGAAACAUUUUUUUAAUAUCAUAACCCACAUGUUCAACCAUCCAGGCAACAAACUUGACUGUACAUGUAUUGCUGAAAGAAUUUCCUUAACAGUGAAAUCCGAUCAUGUAUCUUUACCACAGUGCAACACAAAGCCAGAGGAAUUCAGCUGACAAGGCAGAUUUAGCAUUAUCAAGAAAUCUCAGUUGCACUGAAAAAGCUGUCUCCCAUUGCACCGAACAGACAGUCCUAACAAAGGUAUUAUUUAGAAACAUAGACUGAAUGGGGGUUGAAAUCGUCUUUCUAUGAUAGUGAAAAUCAAAAAGCUAUUCUCAAUGUAUUCCUUGUAAGUAAAUGCUAUAUUUGGCAACUCAUUUUGGCCCAGACAGAUCAUGUGCGUGCGUGCGUGCGUGCGUGUGUAUGUGUGUGUGGUUUGUUUAGGAGAAGAAUUUAGCCCACUGAAAAAAGUAAUAAAUAAUUUACUUCCAGAAAAAUGAAGUCAGAAACCAUUCACAUUAGAUAGAACAUUUGUUCAGCUCCUAUGUCAGAGAAACCCAAAAUAAGACUGACUUAAACAAACUAGAACUGUAUUUCUCACAUAAAAGUCUGCAUAAUGAGUCUAGGGCUAGUAUACUGAUUUCAUAAUCAUUAAGAACUGAGGUAUCUUCGCAUUGUUUUAUCACCCUCAAUACAUGGUUUCUAUCUCAUGGAUCAAGAUGGCUGCUCAGCUCAUACCAUCAUAUAUGCCAUUUGGAAGGAAGGGAAUGAAGGAGGAGGGGGGGUGUUGGGGGGAAGGAAAGAAAUCGGGAAUGGAACAAAUAAGAAAGAGAAGGAAGAGAAUGCUCUUUCUCUUUAAGGGCACAAACCAGAAGUUGCACAUAUUAUUUCUGCUUAUAUAACAUCAGCCAGAACUUAGACAUGUGGCUACACCUAGUUAUAAGGGAAACUGGGAAUAUAAUCUUUGGCUGGGAGGUCAUUUACCCAGGUAAAAAAUUGUAUUAUUAUUUUUUAAAGUUUUAAUUAUUUAAAAACUUCAUUAAACAUUAUUAAAAUUUAUUACUGUGUGGGAAGAGGAAAACACAUAUUGAAGGAUAACCAGCAACCUCUGCCACAUUAUUCUAAAAAUUAAGUACUCUACUUCAUUGAAUCUCACACAUACCACAAUUUUAUGAACCAUAAAGAAAAAAAAUGCAACCAAAUCAACUGGAUAUACCAUCAAUUAGAUGCAUUCCCAUUUCAGAAAUGUGAAAAAAUACGUAUCUUAGAAUUAUUGAAUUAUAGUUCCUUUCUUGACUUAAAUUUUAACUAAACAGUGUUGUUGUUUUUCCUCUUUAACUUAUAUUCCUCUUCAGUGUUAGGAACAACAACUACGUUGUUGUUUUUCCUCUUUAACUUAUAUUCCUCUUCAGUGUAGAACAUUUCCAUAAGAGCCUCAAUUCAACUCUCUGGCUCUGGUUUUAUUGUUGCUAUUUGUUUUGUUUUGUUUUUUGCAUCUACUUUUUUAUUGAGAUACAAUUUACAUACCAUAAAAUUCAUCCUUUUAAAACAUACAAUUCAGUGGUUUUUAGUAUAUUCAGAAUCAUCAUCACUACUGUCUAAUUCCAGAACAUUUUUAUUCUCCAAAAAAGAAUCCUGUAACUAUUAGCAGUCAUUCCCCAUUAAUCCCUCACAAGGUCUUUGAUUUAAUGUUUAUGUAUGACAUGGGAUAUGUAUCCAGCCUCAUUCUUGCAUGUGGAUUGCAAGUUGUCCCAGAGGUUGUGACAUUUUAUUUGUUUUGCUUUAAUUGAAUUGUAUUUAGUCAUUCACCAAAUAUGUUUUAAAUACCUAUUAGAUGUAAGACAUUGACAUAACUAGUGAUUAUAUCAUUCUGUGACCCCUACAUCAUAUACAAAGAAAAAAUGUUUGAGAAUAAUAAAAUUUUACCACCGUUUUCCUAAUAGUAUUUUGAGGUCAUCAUGUGCCAUGGUAAGAGAAAUAUUAUUAAGUCCUCCUGUCCUUUCCUGCAACCUUUGGUGACUUAUCUGACUUCAUAGUCCUAACGUGGUACUGAUGAUCACUUGGAAGGAGUGGUUCCAAGUUCUAAGUUUGAAAGUUUGAAAGCAGAGAAGGAUGAGGGGUGGGGAUAUGAUUUGAAUGAAUUGGUAGGGCAGUAGGGGAAGAUGAAGACCUGGGUACUGAGGAGAGCUGUGUGAGAAGGGUAUUGAGGAGAGCUGUGUGAGAAGAUAAUAGUAGCCAACCAAUCACAAUUUUGCAUUUGAUCUUUCUUAAAACUUGAUACACUUAGGCUUACUUUUUUAAAUGAGUUUUUUAACCAUUCAAAUUAUGAAUAUUUAAUAUUCUCAACAGUAAAAUAAGAAAGAGCACACAAUCACUGCCAUGUUUACAUUCUGGACAUGAUAUUUGGUGGCAGAUAGUUUCAACAAAGUUGACAUCAACAACUAUUUGUUGCCCUGAACUUACAUGACCCAUGACUAUAGAAGUCCUUGGGAAUAUAUCAUUGACUCCUACAUUAUCACUAUCAGCACUAUUUGUUUCUGGCAUCAGCAGUCUCUUUCCCUCUGUCUGGAAUGUCCAUACUACCACCACCAGCCCCACAGAUACACACACACACACACACACACACACACACACACACAAAUCCUUUAAACUCCACCAGUAACAUCUCCAGUCAUCUCAGUCUUCCCCAUGCUGCAUGAAAAGCCUCAACUACCAAAGCAUUCCAUUCAUACUUCUAAUAAUAGACUUACUACAUCAUUUGGCAAUUAUCUGUUCACAUUUGGGACCCAUAUUAAAAUAUGAGACCCUUGAGGUCAAAGACCAUAAUUUAUACUUCUUUUUGUAUUCAACAACCUACUACACUGGAGAUGCUUGUCAAGUGCAAAAUUGAAUUUGAUCUCCAAGGGAUUUUAGAAUCUAUAUGGGUAGAAAAAAAACAGGUAAUUUUUUCAAAUGCCAACUUACCUGGUACCUGGUGAUAUAUAAAUAAAUCGAAAUUGUAAUUCACUGAAGAAAAUACCUCUAAUGUUCUACCUAGCUCUAAAAUUCUAUAAUUGGAUAAGUUGGAACAAAUAACUUCCAACAACACAGUAAACUAAGCUAGUUGCAUUCCCUUUCCAAAGCAUAAAAAUGCUAAUUGAAAAGAAUAUUAAAAAUGUCUUCAUACUUAACCAAGUUUGAAGGAAAUAAACAAAUUCCUUGAUGUCACAUCUGAAGAGGAACUGAAACACUGUCAGGCACAUGGGCUAUCAGCUAUCAGUACAGACCCUGGGAACUGUGGUUUUAACAUAGGGUUAAAAGACACACAUGAGCAUUAUUAGGAUUAUUAGGAUAGUGGCACUAAUAAUUUAGAAGUAUUAAAUUAUUUUACCAUUCCCACAAUUCUUUGUCCUAAAGAUUAAAUUGCUUUUGAAAUAAUUUACUUGAAAUAAUAUAUUUUUGAAUAAAAUGCCUGUCUCUGCAAAAAAAAAAAAAAAAAAAAAGACACAGACUUGGGCCUUCUGGUAGGGAGUUUGUAUCAACUACUUUACACAGUGACAGUCUCAAAGAACUCUUUGCUCCACGAAGUGACUAGAAAUAACCCCACCAAAUCAAGGAGGGUACAGGGGAGAUUGUCCUGGUGUUCUGAGUAAAGAAAGACAAAUCUGUUGUAGACAGAUGGAGGUGUUCAAUGGAAAUGCUGUAAUAAGUCCCCAAAUUAGAACAGGUUUUAAGGCAUGUGUUCAUCUGACUAUUUAAA